AUGCUGAGAGGAGGAGCGCGCGAACUCCCGUCUGCCUCAUCUGCGCGAAGGAAGGCCAUUUUGCCCCGCAAUGCACCGCGAAGUUCCUCACCGACGGCAAACCAACCUUCUGCGAGUACCGCAACGAGUCGAUUUUCACAAGAGCAGGCGGCCAAGAAGUCUGUCGCAACUGGAACACUCGGGGAGACAAUUACUCCUCCUGCUCUCACGAUCGCGAGCGCCUCCACAUCUGCUCCUUCUGCGGCGACAAAUCGCACAACGCUUUCGGCUGGACCUGCCGCCGUAACCCAACCGUUUGAGAACGAAGCUGUUUCUUUCUUGGGUUCCCUUCUUCCUCCUCUUGCUCUCCCUCUGGACCUCGAAAUUUUCUCUCGCAUCAUCACCCCCUAUGACGCAGAUGCUUUCGAAUCGCUUCUUGGACAACUCAAUCUGCUUGAUCUCCACCGUGACCUCCCUUCGAAGCUCCGGCAAGGAUUCCCGAUGGGUGAUUUCCCAGUCCUCAAUCGCACGGUCAUCAUCCCCAACCACCCCUCUACUUUGGCCCAUUCGUCCUUUGUCAACGAUUAUCUGGCAGAGGAGGUAGCGGCGGGCCGUAUGAGUGGCCCUUUCUCCCAGUCCAAAACGGAGACCAUACUUCAAGGUUUUUUCCAGUGCUCUCCCAUCAUCAUCGCGGUUCAACCCCAAGGCCCCGGCGAGCCUGACAAGCUCCGCCUCUGCCGCCAUCUCUCCAAGGGUGCUCCAACACAUCCAUCUACAAACCACUUCAUCGACAAAGACAAAUUCCCGACCAAAUUUGGCACAGCUUCGGAUGUCGCCGAGAUCAUCUCGACAGCCCCACCAGGCACGCAAGCGAUGGUACUAGACAUUGCUAAAUUUCAUCGUACUUGCCCUAUCCUUCCAGCCCACAAGAGAUGGUUCGUGCUUCAAGGCCCAGAAGGCUUCUACAUAGAACACUGUUGCCCGUUUGGAUGCGCAUCCUCCAGCAGCAACGCGGGGCUCAUCGGCUCUGCCAUUAUAGACAUCUGGCAAGCACUGGGAUUUGCACCGGCCAAUCGCUACGAAGAUGACAUACUCAGCCUCCGCUACCCAUCUGCGUCCCGUAUCCCUUCCCCCCCGACACCGCCAUCUUUCUGGUUCGCUUUCACCCGCCAGCAAGCCCUCGAAGCUCUCUCGCCACUCAGAAUCCCUUGGCAUCCUUCCAAGUGGACCGAAUACCUGCCAAUCGCCACCUACAUUGGUUUCUCGUGGGACAUCCCGAACAAAACAGUGGCUCUUCCGGAACCCAAAAGACUCAAAUUCCUACGCAGAAUCCGCGAUUUCCGUGACAAAUGCUCUGCAGGCAGAUGUCAGCUCUCAGAUGCGCAGAAGAUCCAUGGCUCCCUGUGCCAUAUUACCUUCGUCCACCCUCUGGGACGCUCAUACCUCCCCGCUUUCACAGCUUUGAUUGUGGCUUUUGACGGCAACACCUUCAAGACCAGAUACCCCCCCCCUUCAGUCUUCUCCUCACUUUCCUGGUGGGAAUCCAUGCUAGAGAAGCCAGACGUCACCCGCUCUAUCGCUCCUCGUGGUCCAUGUCAAGAUCUGGGCAUUUUCGUUGACGCGUCGACCUCGUGGGGCAUCGGAAUUUGGCUGGACAACAGAUGGGCGGCGUGGAAGGGCAUCGGUGACUGGAAAUCACGCUCAAGACACAUCGGAUGGCUUGAGACAGUCGCAGUUGAGCUGCUCAUUUACGCACUCGAGGGCCACAACCUCCGAGACGCUCGCCUGCUGAUUCACUCUGACAACCAGGGUGUUAUUGGCGCUUUCCAAAAGGGCCGCAGCAGCAACCACGAGAUCAAUAUCUCCCUGCGCCGCUCUUUGGCAUCCCUCGCGGCCCAUAACAUAUCCUUGAACCUAUGUUACAUAGAAUCCUCCUUGAACCCUGCAGACCCCCUCUCCAGAGGUUUUCUCCCUAGUUUAACUUCUCACUUAGAAUUUUCCCCUCCUCUACCAGCAGACCUAGCCAAAUUUUUCGUAGCUUAUUGA